AUCCAUGAGCUUGUAGAAGACUUCUUGUGACCCCAAAAUUAAACGCCAGCCCCCCGUGCACCUGUGGCGCCCAAGGAGUUAAAGCCCGGAGGACUACCACAAGAUCAUCAAGCAGCCCAUGGACAUGGGCACCAUCAAGCGGCGCCUGGAGAACAACUACUACUGGGGCGCCGCCGAGUGCAUGCAGGACUUCAACACCAUGUUCACCAACUGCUAUAUCUACAACAAGCCCACGGACGACAUCGUGCUCAUGGCGCAGACGCUGGAGAAGAUCUUCCUGCAGAAGGUGGCGCAGAUGCCACCUGAGGAGCAGGAGCUCGUGGUGCCCGUGGCCAAGAACAGCCACAAGAAGGGGGCGUCACGCGCGGCCGCGCUGCUGGCGGGGCUGGCGGCGGCGCAGCAGGUCCCGGCCGUCUCGUCGGUGUCGCACGCGGCCGUCUACGACGCCGAGCUGCCCGCCGCGCUCGUGGGCCUCCCGCACGCCUCGGUCAUCGCCGCGCCGCUGCUCAAGUCGCUACACGCCGGCGCCGCCGCCGCCCUCGCGGCGCCCACCCAGCCCGUGGCCAAGAAAAAGGGCGUCAAGCGGAAAGCGGACACCACGACGCCCACCACCACGGCCAUCAUCGCCACGAGCGGCGAGUCGUCGCCGUCGGCGGUGCCGCCCGACGCCAAGGCGGCCAAGGCGCCGGCGCGGCGCGAGAGCGGCCGCCCCAUCAAGCCGCCGCGCAAGGACCUGCCCGACUCGCAGCAGCACCAGACCUCCAAGAAGGGCAAGCUCUCGGAGCAGCUCAAGUACUGCAACGGCAUCCUCAAGGAGCUGCUCUCCAAGAAGCACGCCGCCUACGCCUGGCCCUUCUACAAGCCCGUCGACGCCUCCGCGCUCGGCCUGCACGACUACCACGAGAUCAUCAAGCACCCCAUGGACCUCAGCACCAUCAAGCGCAAGAUGGAGAACCGGGAGUACCGCGACGCGCAGGAGUUCGCCGCCGACGUGCGGUUAAUGUUCUCCAACUGCUACAAGUACAACCCGCCCGACCACGACGUGGUGGCCAUGGCCCGCAAGCUGCAGGACGUCUUUGAGUUCAGCUACGCCAAGAUGCCCGACGAGCCGCAGGCCGCCAGCCCGCCCUCGGCGUCGGCCCCGCUGCCCGGCGCGCUCUCCAAGUCCUCCUCGGACGAGUCCUCGAGCGACGACGAGGACGACGAGGACGACGACGAGGAUGAGGACGACGAGAGCAGCAGCGAGAGCUCGUCGGAGAGCGAGGAGAGCUCUGACUCGGAGGAGGAGCGCGCCAACCGGCUGGCCGAGCUGCAGGAGCAGCUGCGGGCCGUGCACGAGCAGCUGGCUGCCCUCUCGCAGGGCCCCGUCUCCAAGCCCAAGAAGAAGCGCGAGAAGAGGAAGAAGAGGAAGGCGGAGAAGCACAAAGGCCGCGACGACGAGGGCCACGCGCGCCAGGCCCAGCUGCGCAAGGCCAAGAAGGGCGGCGGUGGCGCCGGCGGCUCCAAGGCCUCCAAGAAGGUGGCGAAGGCGCCGCUGCCGCCGCCGCCGGCGCUCUACGACUCGGAGGAGGAGGAGGAGAGCAAGCCCAUGACGUACGACGAGAAGCGCCAGCUGAGCCUCGACAUCAACAAGCUGCCCGGCGAGAAGCUGGGCCGCGUGGUGCACAUCAUCCAGGCGCGCGAGCCCUCGCUGCGCGACUCCAACCCCGAGGAGAUCGAGAUCGACUUCGAGACCCUCAAGCCCUCGACGCUGCGCGAGCUCGAGCGCUACGUGCUCUCCUGCCUGCGCAAGAAGCCCCGCAAGCCCUACAGCGAAACCCUGAAGAAGCCGGUGGGGAAGACGAAAGAGGAGCUGGCGCUGGAGAAGAAGCGGGAGCUGGAGAAGCGGCUGCAGGACGUGAGCGGGCAGCUGAACUCGGCCAAGAAGCCGCCCAAGAAAGCGAGCGAGAAGGCGGAGGCGGCGCAGCAGGUGGCCGUGUCGCGCCUCAGCGCCUCCAGCUCCAGCUCGGACUCGAGCAGCUCUUCCUCCUCCUCCUCCUCCUCCGACACGAGCGACUCCGACUCGGGCUGAGCCCGGCGCAGGGAAGCACCCGCCCCCCCCGCGUGCCCCC